GACAGAAGCUACUCUAGCUCGUCUCCUCCUUCCUCAACUCCGACAUGCACUUGUAGCAGCUCUCCACGCCCGCCACCUCUAGCCACCGCGACUGCGUAGGACGCUGCUAACUGUGCCACCUCAUGGAUUCGGAUCUUAAGAGCAAAAUCAAGUCCGAUUUGGAAACCUUUCUCAAAUCGAAACAGUACUACCACAGGCUAGGCCGUCUUUGGAAGCGGAGCUACCUUCUCUACGGCCCUUCCGGCACCGGUAAAUCCACAUUUGUGGCCGGAAUGGCGAAAUUUCUGGGCUACGACGUUUACGACAUCGAUUUGUGCCGAGUCUCCGACGACUCCGAUCUGAAGAUGCUUCUCUUGCAGACGAAGAGCAAAUCGGUGAUCGUGAUUGAAGAUCUGGAUCGCCAUCUGCUCGCGAAGUCAACAGGUCCGACUUUGUCUGGGAUUCUCAACUUCAUGGACGGAAUCUUCUCCUGCUGCGGCGAAGAACGGGUGAUGGUGUUCACGAUGACCACCGGAAAAGAUCAAAUCGAUCCAACUGUUCUCCGGCCGGGAAGAGUCGACGUCCAUGUUCAUUUCCCCUUGUGCGAUUUCAACGCUUUCAAGAGCUUAGCCAACACCCACUUGGGCUUAAAAGAUCACAAGCUUUUCUCUCAUGUGGAAGACAUAUUCCAAACCGGGGCGAAACGGGUGAUGGUGUUCACGAUGACCACCGGAAAAGAUCAAAUCGAUCCAACUGUUCUCCGGCCGGGAAGAGUCGACGUCCAUGUUCAUUUCCCCUUGUGCGAUUUCAACGCUUUCAAGAGCUUAGCCAACACCCACUUGGGCUUAAAAGAUCACAAGCUUUUCUCUCAUGUGGAAGACAUAUUCCAAACCGGGGCGAGUUUGAGCCCGGCCGAGAUCGGCGAAAUCAUGAUAUCGAACCGGGCUUCCCCAAACCGCGCCUUGAAAUCGGUUAUCUCCGCCUUACAGACCAACAGUGAAGAAAGGACCGCUGCCCGGCACACCCAGAGGUUGACUCACAUCGAGUCGGGUAGGGCCAAUGACGACUUGGGUGAAAAGGGCAUUUUCGGAAAGGAGGGAAUAAAAGAGGCCCGAAAGUUCAUGAUAGCAAAUGUUAUGGACACACUUGAGACUCUUCCCAGCCCUUCUGAGAUUCCGAGGCAGAUUCACAGACAUGACCAGAUUAGAUGAAUCCCAUUCUGCAGGAACUCCAUGCUACAGAGGAGAUCAAGCGAGAAAGAGAGGCGGUGAGAAGACGCUUCGAGUAAGAGUUGGCUCAGAACACCCGAGAGUGUGAAAGGCUAACCCGGGCAAAGACUCAAGACCCAGCUCUUCAAGCGACUACCGGCCAGCCGCGCCAUGCGGAGACGGGAAACCCCAGGAGUUUAGUCUUUG